AUGGACUUUCCUUUGUUUGUUGAGAAAUAUGAAAUUAAUGGCCGCAUAUAUAGGCGAAACCCAUCGAAGAGGAUGAAAAGUGGGUUUGAACAGAGGGGUGGUGAUACUGCGGAUCUGUAUGGGUCAGAAGAAGAGAUGGAAACUACUGCAUCUCGUGCAGAGGACCUUACGAGUGAAACACACUGUUCGAUGGCUGCAGAAAGUGACAGAACAGAUGAGCACUGUGAAUGCGGAAUGCAGAAUAAUUUACCAAAUAAAAGUUCAAAAUAUCCAGUCGUCUUCAAUGAAAAGUCGCAAAAAUGGUCCACAAAAAUCGCAGUUCCGCACGAGCUGAUCAGAUUCGUUGUCGGAGCGAAGGGAGCAGUGAAAAAGAAAAUUGAAGAGGAGACGACUUCACGUAUUAUUAUUCCAAAUAAGGAGAAGGAACAACCUUUAGAGGUUGUCUCAAAGUCCGAAGAUUGUGUUAAUCGUUGUAGAGAUAGAAUUGAAUUGAUUGUCAUGAGUGCUCGUGAAAAAGCUCCCUUUACACACUUUGUCUCAUUUUCGGCUGCCGUUCCGGAUAUUCAGAAUUCAUUUGCAGAAUUUGCAAAGCGUGUGAAAGAAGAUGAAGAGCUUUCGGAAACUUGUCGGGAUGAGGAUCUUUUUCAAGAGCCAGAAAAGCUCCAUUUUACUAUUGUUAUGCUGUCAUUGCUUGAUUCGUGUGAGAGAGUAGCGGCAGCUAAAACCCUAACGGAAGUUGUGGAGGAUAAAAUCAGAAAUUUAAUAGGAAAGGAACCAUUAGAUUUAAAAGUUUAUGGUUUGGAGUACAUGAAUGACGACCCGACGAAAGUGAACGUUUUAUACGCAGCCGUUCGAUCCGAGAGAGUACAACAAGUGGCUGACGAAAUUGCCAGGAGUAUGAAGGAAGCGGGUUUUUCUCGUCAAGAUGAAGAUUCUGUAAAACUUCAUCUUACUUUAAUGAACACAAGAUAUGCGUGGGAAAAAGGGAAGAGGAUUUAUAUGGACGUAACCAAACUGAUGGAGAAAUACAGUGACUUUGAUUUUGGGAAGUUUACUGUUACAGAGAUUCACAUAUCAAGCCUUAACGACCCGAAAGGUGAAGAUGGGUACUACAGAAGUAUUGCAUCAAUAAAGCUGUGA